GAUGAUACCUAUGUUACGCAGGCGAAUUGCAAUGAUUGGAUGUCGAAGAUAUACACAAGCUGUGGAGGACACGGCGGCUGGAUCAACACAACUCAGGUUGCAGCACUACAACCUAGGAUCAACAACUCAUAUGCCAGAAAGCUACUCUCCGAACAUCAGCUGUAGAGAACCCAGCUGAAAUCUCAGCUG